ACUCAUUCUCAAGAAGACCAAAGCUCACAUUGCCAACUUUUUCACUUUUAAAUAUUGUGGAUGUUGGGUGGUCCUCCAAAUUUCCAAUCUCAUUGGAAUUAAGACGACAAAGAGAAACAGACUUGAAAGCAGAAGAGACAGAAUUAGAAGAGCAGCACAAACAGUAGAGACUGGGGACUUAAUGGCUCACAUUGAAGGCAAAUCGAACCAGAAACAAAUGUGUGCAAAUAUGCAGAUGAACCAAUGUUCUUCCCUUGUUCAUUUUUAUGGAAAGAGAAUCACUGCAGACGUGAAGCCAAGUUCCAAAUUGAAGAAACUAUCACUUAUUCAUGAGGAAACAGAUUCAGAAAUGUAUUCAACUAACAAAGUGGCUUCUGGUGUCCAUAGGAGUAUGCAUCGGUCCCAAAUGAAAAGAACUAUCCGAAGAAACAUUUUGAAGACCAAAAAAGAAACACUGCCCUUUGAGAACAGGAGUCCUAGUCUUCAGCAAUGGAAGGAAUUUACGCAGAAUAAUUCCAAAAAUGCAAACUGUUCUGUGUACAUUGAAGCUACUUCAGAAGAACUUUGUCUAACAACUGAAACUUUGGCUUACCUCUUGCCUUCAUCGGAUUCAGAGUUGCUUGUGGACAGCAGUUCCUCCACUGGAGCAGAAAGUUGUUCUUCAGUGGAAAUAUUCAGAGAGGCAGAAGAGCAUGCAUCUGUUGUGAAUCAGGAAGAUAUUUAUUGGUUCUAUUGUAAAAAUUCUACACUUCUGGACAGUAGUAAAGCAGCAAACAUUGAUGUGAUUGGCCAACCUUCAGAUCUCUCUGAAAUUCUGGAACAGACUGGAAAUCUCACAAGAGAAAGAAACUUCAAUGGAUACCAUGUAUCAGCUGGAGCUGAGGAGCGUGGGAAUUCUCAAGCUACUACUUUUACUAUUGCAGGUAAAACAGUCUCUAAAUUACAAGCAAGCAAGGAGAUCACUCUUGAGCAGAAAAAGUUAAAUGCAGUUUCUCUCCGAGAUGAGCAGAAGAAAUCAAGUUUCUUCCAAUAUCCUUGUGAAGAAAAAUAUAUAACUGCUUCGCCAAGAGUGUGGGAUUCCACAGCUAAGGUUGUAGAAAACAACAAAAAGAUUAAGCCAAAACAGACAAGCGCACCAGUAGAGACGUUUAACCAAUCAACAAGAUUGAAACAACAAGAUGAAGUACCAAUUUGUAGCAUCGUCCUUGCUCCAGUGUGCUACCAACCAUCUAAUGGUUUGCAGAGUGAACGUGUGAAACAUUGGACGACUUUAGAAAAUGCACCUCUAGACAUUAUUAUUGACUUCUCUAAAUAAGUCGACCUGCUCAAGAUGUUGGAAAAAUUUAUUGUAUCUGCUGAAUUCUGGAAUUGCUUUCAAAUGAAUUGUCCAGCAAGUAAAAUAAGUAAAUAUUUAAUUUAACCAUGAAAUUUAAAA